CUGUCCAAGAAGAACAUAUUUCUAAUAUCACUCGGCUUUGACUAGUUGAGCUUUAAGACUAACAUGCUUUGGAUCGUACAUCAACGGCUGAAUAUCAAAUGGUCUACCCGAUGAAAUCGCCGUCGUAUCCACGUAUACGAUCUCUCACCAGCGUGGAAGCCUUCACACAGGCUAUGUAGUAUAAGUAUCUUGAGCUGUCGUUAGGGAGGGCUGGAGCAUCACUUUGAACACUUUCCGCGACUGUCAUGGGCAAUCACCUUUCUCUACUGGGUCAAUCAUUCCCGUCCGAGUCGAAAUUUCACGUCGAUGACAUCCCCGACCUGACCGGGAAGGUCAUGAUCGUUACUGGAGCUAAUACUGGGAUCGGUAAAGAGACAGCAAAGGCCCUGUUGAACCACAAUGCCAAGGUAUACAUAGCUGCCAGAAGCCAAGAGAAGGCAGAAGUAGCCAUCAAGGAUCUUAAAAACAGCACUGGGAAAGAGGCUCUCUUUCUAAAGCUUGACCUCGCAAAUUUGAAGUCUGUGAAAGCUUCUGCGGAAGAAUACCUCAGCAAAGAGACUACGUUGGAUGUCCUAUUCAAUAGCGCGGGGGUCAUGUUCCCUCCAAAAGAAUGGUUAACCGUGGACGGAUAUGAUAUGCAAUUCGGAACAAAUGUCCUUGGGCACUUCUACUUCACUAAGCUGCUAUUGCCCACCCUCAUUGCUACCGCAAAAUCUGCGCCUGAUGGCAAAGCUCGUGUUAUCACGACUUCGUCCUCGGCACAUAUCCUGAAGGGUCUCAACUUCUUGGCGUUCGAAGAUGGUCCUGCUCGUGGGAAGAUGUCUACUACUGACCUUUAUGGGCAAAGCAAAACCGGCAACGUCGUACAAGCAUUCGAACUCGCAAGGCGCUACAGUUCAGAGGGCAUCGUUUCCAUACCUCUGAACCCAGGUAACAUCAAAACAGACCUGGCACGCCACAUGCCGUCCUUUCUACGUGGUAUUUUGAACUUGUUCCUCUACGACGUUGAACAUGGAGCACUGACCCAGCUCUAUGCUGGAACUGCCCCAGAGGCUGUAGAGUUGAACGGCAAGUAUCUCGUUCCUUGGGCCAGGGUUGGUCCAACUCGCAAGGAUGCUCGGGACCCUAAGGUAGGCGAGGCUCUAUGGGAAUGGCUUGAAGAGCAGGUCAAGGAUAUUUGAUCUUUUUUCGCUGAUGCUAAGAAGUAUCAUACAUACGAGUGUUUUUUUUGCGGAUCUUGAUGGAUUGCAGGUGCGAAUAGUAGAUACCCAUAGUUGUGUUUCCCGUAGUCAGACCUUGAAGAAGGAAGAUAGCCAUUCAUUCAUUUUCAAUAAGGUAGUUGCUUUUGUGGAAUAAUCAUGUUUUAAACUUGGAGGGAUUGGCCAUGGGCGAAGGUAGCCAGAGCAACGCCGAAACAGUGCGCAUUCAUUAUGACUAUAGGUGAACUACAUGUAGUAGGAAUACUACCCCAUGUCAAAGAUCUGUGAGAGAUGUAUUUUGCCUCACGAUGGUAUUUUUCCUUAGCCUUCGUGAGAGCUAGAUCUGAGGUAUAUUCAAAAGC